CCUCCACCCAAGGACGAGUACAAGCCCCCUCCCAAGGGCGAGUACAAGCCUCCAGUUGAGAACAAGCCCCCUCCCAAGGACGAGUAUAAACCUCCUCCUAAGGAUACCUACAAGCCUCCUGUUGAGAAUAAGCCUCCUCCCAAGGACAGCUACAAGCCACCCCACUAA